AUGAGUACCGGUAAAUUUGGAGAACGAAAGUCGUUUUGGCCACCAGAAAUGCUCAGUGUCGUUGGGGGUUCUAAGCCUUACUACUGGAAUCCUAUAUACGAUGAAUUGAGUCCAUCGCAACUUUGCCAUGCGCUUGCUGUAAGGAGCGAGAAUGUUAAAAACUCGUUGUUCUUGAAUCAUAGAUAUCCUCCGUCGAACAGCGAUAGCAUCACUAGAAUUGAAGAGGCAUUCAUUGGUGCGUUUCAUCUUAUGUUGAACCACGUAGGGGGAGUUCCGGACUCUAUUACGAGGUCAUUCAAAGAAGGCAAUGGCGACUAUUCCGUUUUUGAAGAUAUAUCACGAGACGUCGAGUACGCUUAUGAUAUGGCGAAGACUGUUCUGGAGGAUGUUUUGCAGAUUCAUCUGGACGUUGACACCAGUAAUCUCCCGCCUGAAAAUACGUAUGGGACGUACGAGGGAGUGUGCGGCUUACUGGCGCCUAUGAUGAAGACAGAAGAUUACUUUGGAGUUCUUAUUUGCAUGGACAAGCUUAUGGAGAAGUUGUACAAAUUGAAGACUUUUGUAGAUGCGUACGACUACGAUCCUACUGAAGAUGAAGCUGUUUUAGGUCUAAAGGCCGGGUUACUUGACUACGUAUCGGAUCUAUUGCUUUGGGUGCAGAAAACGACGAGAGGAGUCUUUGCGUUGUGCUUUGGAGUGAUGCAAGAUCCAGAAGGUAUCACUGGGUUGAUGGCUAAGAGAUCGGAGUCGGAUGAUUCUAGUAUGGACGCAGAUGAUGGCGAGGCAAGUGAAGAAGAAGGUGAGACUGAUUCAGUUGUGCGAAACAUAAACUUUUUGGACGCGCAAGAAAACGAGCCUGUAGCCAUAAGGACCGUCAGUGAUGACAGGACGUGUGGUGCUUUUUACAUGUGA